GAAUCCGCCCCUAAAGGAACCCCCUAAAAAAAAAAGAGUUGAACUCUCGAGCAAGACACAAAUUAUUGGUUUUCUGAGGAGUUUUUCUUUUUCCUUGUUGGAAGCUUGUGUCGCACUUUCGCAAUGACCGCUGCGUCUUCUUCCCGCUCCGCAGCAGCGGUGUGGCUGCGUUUUGCGCUUGUGGCGCUGCUUGUCUGCCUCGCCGCCGCCGUCGUCACCUCGGCUUCAGAGGAGACCGUCACUUACUUUGGCCAGCUGCGGCUGCCCGAGGCCUACCUGCGCCACCCGGAUAGCCAAAACCCCCUCAACAACAUCCAGCAAGGUAGCGUGCUGCUGACGAACGGGCACGGCACGAUUAUGGUGCCCACCGCCCGCGACGGCUCCUUCAUCGCCUACAAGCUGCCUUACGGCACCUACCUCAUGCAGGCCGACUACCACGACUUCGAGUUUCCAACGAUGCGCGUGGACGUGAUGUACCGCGAGACCAGCUCCGGCGCGCACGAGCCGCUGAUCCGCACCUCCACGAACGACUUCCCAGUGAAGCAGGUGGAAGGGACAGGGUUGGAAGAGGAGAGCCCUGCGCUGAUUCCAGUCUCUGGCAUGCAUCAAUACUACGUGCCGCGUCAGGAGAUGCGCCUGACGGACCUCGUCAAGAAUCCAAUGAUAAUGAUGCUGCUCAUCUCGUGUGGUUUGAUGGGGCUCAUGAAGUUGUUCCCGGAGGAGGAGGUGAAGGAGUCGCAGAAGAUGUCGCGGGAGUGGCAAAAGAAACUCGCGGCGAAGGUGGCCGCUGCAGCAGAGAAGCCUGGCGCUGCUAAGAAGUGA